UGGCCAAGCACUCAUAAAUAUUCAUUUAUUAAUUUUAAAUAUGUUUCAUACAUUUUUUAUUCAUUUUCCUCCAACUAAUAAUUUUUUAUUUUUUUAAAACAAAACAUAAUUAUUAAAAAAAAAUAUAGGACCAUUCUGGUUCAUGAACCUCAACCACUAUAUAACCCCUUCUCCUUCUUUAUUCUCAAAAAUUCACAUUUCACACUCCUCUUCCCAAACCCACAAUCUCUCUCUCUCUUUAUUUGCUUUGCCAAACCAAAAAAAUGUACGGACAGAAUAGUACGGAAUCGGAUUUUGCAUUACUUGACUCGAUUCGAAGACAUUUAUUAGGCGAAUCGGAUCUAAGAUUCGGGGCUCCGAUUAUGAAUAACAGCAUCAACUCGGGUAUUUCGGGUCCGGUUUUCUGUCGUAGCACCAGUUUCAGUAGUCUCUACCCGUGUUUGACUGAGAAUUGGGGGGAAUUGCCUCUCAAGGAAGACGAUUCCGAGGAUAUGGUUCUCUACGGCGUCCUCCGCGACGCCGUAAGCGUCGGCUGGGUCCCUUCUCUCGGAUCGGAUUCCAGUGAGGUUAGUGGGAGUGUUUGCAGCCAGCUCACCACUUGCUCCUCCGACGCGAAUUACGCGGUUAAAUCGGAGCCGGAGACCUUACCGGCCGUUAACGAACCUCUUGAGUGUACGGCUUCGAGUUUGGAAAUUCCGGUUGAGAAACAGCGGAAGAAGCCUACGGUUGUGCCGUCGAAGGGGAAACAUUACCGCGGCGUUAGGCAACGGCCGUGGGGGAAGUUCGCGGCUGAGAUUAGGGAUCCGGCUAAGAACGGUGCCAGAGUUUGGCUCGGGACUUUCGAGACAGCCGAGGACGCCGCCUUGGCUUACGACCGCGCCGCUUACCGGAUGCGUGGGUCGAGGGCUUUGCUUAAUUUCCCGCUCCGUAUUAAUUCGGGCGAACCCGACCCGGUUAGGGUGACUUCGAAGAGAUCUUCGGCUGAGACUUCUUCGUGUUCUUCGUCGGAGAGUGUGUCGCCGAAGAGGAGGAAGAAGGUCGGUACAACAUCGCCGGCACCGGAGGUCCGGUUAGAGACAGGUAAUGUGAAUGGGGUUGGUGUUGGGCAACAAGUGGGUAUGCAAGUUGCAUCGUGUAUACGUGGCGAGCAAUUAUUGGCUACUCAAUAAUGCUGGACAAGUAAAGCAAAGGAAUCAAUAUUAUAUGACAUUGUAAUUAUCUUAGACGGGAUUUUCACUUAAAUUUUGGAUUUUUGUUCUUUCUUUUUCUUUUAUUUUUUCUAGUAAAAAAAGAAAAAAUGGAAAGGAAAAAGAUAAAAAGAAAAAAAGUGUUAUAUUAUUCUACAAUAGGCUAUGCUUGAAAAUUUAUAUAUUUUAAAUUACAAUAUAGGCUUGAAUUAGUUGGUUUUGUGUAUAUAUUUCUUCUACAUAUUGGUUUUUUUGUUGGAUCAAUAUAAAUGGAAAGUUUCUUUAUUAUUA